AUGUUGACAAAGCUAAUUGACCCAGAAAAACUAGAGGACACAAUCUUGUCCAAUUCUCAUUAUCACAAUCCAAACAAUCGUAAAGACGAUACUGAAUUUGUUUCUCAAAACAAGUAUCAACUUCCAGAAAAUGGAUUAUCAGAAGAAUUAACUUAUCAAUUAUUACACAAUGAUUUAUCAUUAGAUGGUAACCCAACAUUAAAUUUAGCAUCAUUUGUGAACACUUUUAGUACCGAAACUGCCAAGGAAUUGGCCAAAGAGAACAUUGUUAAAAAUUUGGCAGAUGCAGAUGAAUAUCCAACUUUGAUGGAUUUAACACAACGUAACGUUUCAAUCUUGGGGAAAUUAUGGAAUCGUACAAGUGAGGAACCUGUUGGAACUGCCACUACUGGUUCAAGUGAAGCUAUUAUGCUUGGUGGAUUAGCAAUGAAGAAGAUUUGGCAAGAGAGGCAAAAAGCUGCUGGGAAAGAUUAUUAUAAACCAAAUAUUUUGAUGGGUUCAAAUGCUCAAGUCGCAUUGGAGAAAUUUGCUCGUUAUUUUGAUGUUGAAGCUAGAUUGAUUCCUGUUAGUGAAAAAUCUAAUCAUGUUUUAGAUUUGACCAAGAUUGAAGAAAAUAUUGAUGAGAAUACUAUUGGUAUUUUUGUUAUCUUGGGAAGUACUUAUACUGGUGCUUUUGAAGAUGUUGAACAAGUUUCUAAAAUCUUGGACAAGAUUGAAGAGGAAAAGGGUAUUUAUGUUCCAAUUCAUGUUGAUGGUGCUUCUGGUGCUUUUGUUGCUCCAUUUAUCUAUCCAGAAUUGAAAUGGGAUUUUAGAAUCCCAAGAGUUGUUUCCAUAAACACUUCUGGCCAUAAAUUUGGUUUAACCACUGCAGGAUUAGGUUGGAUUAUUUGGAAGGAUAAAAAACAUUUACCAGAGGGUUUAAUCUUCAAAUUGAGAUAUUUAGGUAGUGUUGAAGAAAGUUAUACAUUGAAUUUUUCAAGACCAGGUUAUCAAUCGAUUCAUCAAUAUUAUAAUUUCUUACAUCUUGGUUCAAAAGGUUAUAGAGAAAUCCAUCACAGAUCAUUGAAGAAUGCAAGAGUAUUGUCAAAUUUCUUGGAAAAGACUCAAUAUUUUGAAUGUAUUUCAAAUAUCCAUAGAAAGAAGGGUCAAUUAACAUUCGAUCCAAGUCUUUCACGUGAAGAAUUGGCUAAUGAAGAUAAUGAAGAUUCUUAUUAUAAUAAAGGUUUACCAGUUGUUGCGUUCAAGUUUAGAGAUGAGUUCAAGCAACAAUAUCCUCAUAUCCCACAAGCUUUAUUAUCAACUUUAUUGAGAAAAAGAGGUUGGAUCAUUCCAAAUUAUCCAUUACCACCAAAUGAAGAAGCCACAGAGAUUUUAAGAGUUGUUGUUAGAUAUGAAUUAACAGAUGAUUUAUUAUUCAGAUUGAUUAGUGAUAUUUUGAAAACAACUCAAGCCUUGAUCAAAUCAAGUAUAUUUUAUCAACAGAGUGUUGAUGCUACAAGUGCAGCAGACAAGAACCGGUAUAUCUAUGAUUUGUUGACUUCUAUUGCAAGUGGAGGUGAAGAAGAUAUCAACAGUCAUGAGAAGAAACAGGAUCAUAAGAAGAAUCAUCACACUACCUUCAAAGGUACCUGUUGA